UCAGCUUCCGCCGAGUCAGACGCUGCGACAAGUCGUCAGAAGAAGUCGCCGGCGCCUGGGAGAGCAGACCGAUGGCUGCCGUCGUUCAUCGUCAACUACAUUAGAAGCAGUUUUAAUUUCUUACCGCAGAUUUGGUGGAGUGGUGCUAUGUCUUCGGGAAUGACUGGACAAACACCGUGCCUAACAAGCCGAUGGGAUCAGCCAGCCCAACCUAAACAGAGGAGUCGUGAAAAUGAAGCCCAUUCUGUCUCCUUACCGGGAGUCGUCAGCACGGCUGGUUCAAACAGCACAGUUUCCCAGCCAUCACAAACAGGAGAAAAGCCAGCGCCUCAGGGAGGAGUUGAAAUGGCUGCAGCCAUGGCUGCUAAAAUAAAUGCUAUGUUAAUGGCAAAAGGAAAGCUGUUGACUCCUCCCCCGUUACUUGCAAAGACCCCUCCAAGUGCGCCUGUGCCAACCACUACAGAGGAGAUGGUGGUCACAGAGGUCGACAUAAAUGAUGUACCAUUAAAUUGCAGGGACCUUCUUACUAAAGGCAAAACACAGGAGGAGAUUCGACAGUUUAGUGGAGCAGUCGUUUCAACAAAAGGUCAUUACAUGACUGAAGCUGAAAAAGGAAAAGGAGGAGGACAAAGACCUUUGUAUUUGCAUGUCCAGGGAAAAACCCAAGAGCAGGUCAAUAAGGCUGUGAUGAGGAUAAAGGAGAUAAUCUCUGAAGACGUGAUGAGGGCAUCAGCAGCAUCGGGAGGACAACAGGUGCCUGUGAUGCCUCCGCUCACUCUCUACCCUCAGCCUCCCCGGCCUGUCAUUCCCCCUCCUGUGCCACGGAUGCCCAACACCAACUCAGCGCCAGGCCAGGGACAUCGGCCUGCAGCUCCUCAUUCAGGGAGUUUUGUGCACACAAAGAUUUUUGUGGGUCUUGACCAGGCAUUGCCUUCAUUUAACGUGAAUGAGAAGGUCGAGGGUCCGGGAGGUUCGUACCUGAGCCACAUCCAGACAGAGACAGGGGCUCGAGUUUUCCUCAGGGGAAAAGGUUCUGGCUACAUUGAACAAGCAUCAAAACGAGAGUCUUUUGAGCCUCUUUAUGUUUACAUCAGCCACCCAAAUGCAGCUGGAUUGGAGGCGGCGAAGAAACUCACUGAGAGUCUGUUGGAAACUGUGAGAGCUGAACAUGCCAGAAUGGUGUCGAUGUACACAGCCACAGGCUCAACACAAUCAUACGCAGCACAUGGAUUUCCACCUAAUAGCAAUUACUCUAGCCAGGGGUCCUGGUAUAACUACCCAGCAAAUGGUUAUGCUGGCGGCUAUUCAGCGUACCCAGGAGACCGUGGUUAUUGGAGUAAUGCAAAUGGUCCCCCAAGUCAUUCUAACAUGUCGACAAACCCUCCAUCUUCUCAGGCAAUGGUUCAGUAUCCGGUGUGUCCUAGGAAACCGCAUCCCUAUCUCGUCCAGGAUCCUGGCAGCAGUGAGACAGUGGAGCCUGAAGGAUCUUUGAGCACCCCCCCUGACUCAGGAAGUCCCAAACGUCAUUUUCACGAGGCAGCUAAGGAAGAGCAGCCAACCAGCCGCUCUCCAGAUGGUCCUGCUCAUCAGGAAUCUGCACUUCCUGCCUCCAGUGUUGGAGAGGAAAAAGCCGUAGAAAGGAUUCUGAUGCCUCCACCACCACCUCCCUUCGUGGCCCCUGCCCUGGUUAUGCGCAAAAGGCAGAGAGACGCAGUGACAGAUGACCCGGCCGAUCUGCCCAGCAGCACCGCGUCAAUGGGUGUUCAAGAGGAUGUAUGCCAGAAGAAGUCUAAAGUGGACGAGGAUGCAUCAGGGCUUGUGCCCUACGGAGGGGAUUCCUCCGACGAAGAGGAGGAGAGGACACGCAGCAGUAAGACAGAUAACUCAUAACCCCUGUCCCGCCCCAUCCCCACUGUCCAGGAUACUCGCAGACCCAAAGUCUACAUUCAGUAUAUUGAGGCAGUUCUCAGAGUCAAACCACAUAAAAGGAAAAAUCCACCUUUGCAUUAUCAUACACUGUUUUAGGACUGUACCAGUGUUUUGCCAUGAUUUACUACAAAGAGCUAUGUUAUUGCUGACCAUUCUCUAAGCAAAAUGUUAAAUGUCUUUUUUUACAUCCAUCCAAGAAGACACGGUUUUCCAUUCAACCAUAAUGGCAUUUAAACACUUUAAAAUUUUGGGUGACACUUGAACUAUCACCUCAAUUUUAGGACUUUAAAGACAGGAUCUUUUUUAUUUUUUUAUUUAUUUUUUUUAGCGGUAAGUAGGGAUGGGCAAUUGUCUUUUUUUAUUUUUAAUAUUACUAGCAAUCGCUGAUAGAAGAUCUGAUCGCCUCAGGUUGGAGGGAGUGGGCUUUCUCUCUCAUCACUCAUUUCACGUCAGUAUAGCUGAUCUCAAAGCACAGCUGCUGUCAUGCAUGCAUCUCUCUUGUAAUGCGCAUAGAGAUAACAGCGAGGAGAGCAGCUGUAGUCACAUGUGCGUCACACAGGCUAGAAUCAAACAGCAGCAGGCAUAUGGAGAAUGGAGAUACAAGGUUUUGUCAAAUUGCACAGAAUCCUUUAUCUCAUCAGGAUUGGCAAUACAUGUGCUGAAUAACAGUGAUUGCCAAUAAUAAAAAAUAAACAAAUUGGCAUGUCUUAGAUCAUCUAUAGACAAUUUAUUUACCAUGUCUAUCAGCAAUGUAGAGUACAUAUGAUUACUAGUAAACAGGCUGAAGAUGCUAAAAACACACUGGUAUGUGUGGUCUUUGAAUUAUCACCAGUUUCUAGUGUUUUUGCUUUCAUAGACUCUUGGGGAAGAAGGGUUUUGAUUUUCUUGGUGUUGAUUUUGCUUUGUCUGUUUUUUUUCAUACAUCUCCAAGAAUAUCUUUAUAUAAUUCCCAGCACAAUGGGUGUGAACCUGUUGGUUUUACUCAAAGGUGGGCGUAGUUACAUGUAUUCCCACCUGAAAUGUAAAUAUAGAAAACCUGCCAACUAGUUCAUGUCAUUGUGUGUAUGUUUGUAACCAUGUGACUUAAAAUGCAACAUAUCACAUGGCCUAAUGUCAUUAGGAAACUCUGAGGUUUUAGAUUUAAUACAAAUCUCCCCUGCGUUACUGCUGUCUUGAUUGUAGCCUUCCUCUUUUUUUUAAACUAAGGGUCUGACUCCAAAACAUGCACUUGCCAAUCUCGUAAAUGGCCAAGAAAUUUUAUUUAAAAGAAACAAAUUACAUACUUACGUUCAAAAAAGCCAGUCCAGAAAAGCAAAGCACAUGAUCAACAGCAACUUUUAACAGUGUGGAAGUAUUCAGGGUGGAGUUUUCCUUUUAAGAUGUGAAUACAAUUGUAUAAUUUUUUUUCUUAAAACACUUAUUUCAUUUUCAAUGCAUUUUUUGUUAUCCAAAACAAGCCCCUUAUUUCCUUUUUUGAAUUUCAACACUUGGUCUGCUGCAGUUACUGAUGGUAUAAGUACAUAUUGUAAAAUUCAGUGAAACUUUUUCUUAUCUUGGAAAAUGGUGUAUGCCGGUUCCCAUGGAAUACUAUAAUAAAAACAAAACAACCAAAAA